ACCAGCCGCUCGGCGGAGCCCGGCGCUCGCAGUGGCGUCACUACCCCGCCUCGUAGCGUCUGCUCUGUCCCGGCUCGGGGCAGGAGGGGAGGAUGGCUUCGGAGAUGGAGUCCUCUCUGGAGGCCAGCUUCUCCAACAGCUGCGUGGUGCCGGGCACUGCGGGGUGUCUGCCUCCCGCCCGCUCCCGCAUCUUCAAGAUCAUCGUGAUCGGCGACUCCAAUGUGGGCAAGACGUGUCUGACCUACCGCUUCUGCGCCGGCCGCUUCCCCGACCGCACCGAGGCCACCAUCGGGGUGGAUUUCCGAGAACGAGCGGUGGAGAUCGACGGGGAGCGCAUCAAGAUCCAGCUGUGGGACACGGCAGGCCAGGAGCGCUUCCGCAAGAGCAUGGUGCAGCACUACUACCGCAACGUGCACGCCGUGGUCUUCGUGUACGACGUCACCAACGUGGCCAGCUUCCACAGCCUGCCGGCCUGGAUCGAGGAGUGCAGGCAGCACCUGCUGGCCGGCGACAUCCCGCGCAUCCUCGUGGGGAACAAGUGUGACUUGCGUGGCGCCGUGCAGGUGCCCACGGACCUGGCGCAAAAGUUCGCGGACGCGCACAGCAUGCCGCUGUUCGAGACGUCGGCCAAGAGCCCGCACGACAGCGACCACGUGGAGGCCAUCUUCAUGACCCUGGCGCACAAGCUCAAGAGCCACAAGCCGCUCGUGCUCAGCCAGCCCCCUGACGCCGGGCUGGCCCUGAAGCCCGAGGCCAAGCCCGCGCUGCCCUGCUGGUGCUGAGUCGAGAGUGAGCGGGGUCUGCCGAGCCGCGCUGCCCGCGCCCGCGUCGUGUCUCCUUCAUCAGGGCUGUCACUGUGACCCCGGGGAAAGGUGCUUCUCACUGGGGCCAGAGAGGCGAGCAGGAUGUGCCCUGGGCUGGAGGGAGGCAGGGACAGAGCCGGUGGAAAGGAGGGGGAGCUGGGGCUCCUCCGCUGCCCGGAGCCUCCUGGUCUCUUGCUCUUCCCUUGUCCCCAACUAAUUUAGCAACUAAGUGUCAGAUAAAAUUAGCUUCCAGAUAUUUGGGUGUAUCUCCGGGGGCUUCACUGAUUCCUGUGAGUCUGUGUGCAUUCCCCUGAUGGCACUGUGUUAUCAGCGUCUAUGUGAUGACAGCAAAAUAAUCCUUCUCAGUAUGAUGAAUAUGUUAGAGCCAGGGGUGCCCAUAAUCCCGGGACAAGGGAGGCUGAGGCAGGAGGAUUGCCAAGAGUUCAGGCCAAUCUGAACUACACAGUGAGACCCCGUCUCAAG